AUGAGCUGCUUCGGAGGAAUCAUGAACGAGUAUAAAUUCCUCUCUAUCGACCGGUUUGACAGUGUAAAUCUGAAGUCCUCAGUCUUCAUGCUCUCACACAAUCACUCAGAUCACACAAUUGGACUUGCAUCUGCUGAAUUCAAAUCUCGACUUCUGACAAACCCCGCAGUUAAGUUGUACUGCUCAGAAGUUUCUAGAAAUUUACUACUGAUCAAUUCUAUCUAUGAUGAGAUCAAAGAAUCCAUAAUUGCUCUACCAGUCAACUCGCCGACGAUUUUAAAGAUUCCAAAUGACAAUGAUGACAAAAAUUAUAUGGACCAAACGAUAACAGUCACAUGCUUGCAGGCUGGUCACUGCCCUGGUUCUGUCAUGUUCCUCAUUCAAGGGUCAGAAGGUGAUGUCUUAUACACCGGGGACUUCAGAUUAACUCUAGACAACCUAACUAAGAUGCCUAACUUAUCUCAAUAUCAUUUAAAUCCCAAAACCUUGAAAUCCGUCUACAUGGAUACGACGUUCUUCAAUCCCAAAACAUUCUUCAUCCCAUCCCGAGAGGACAGUCUAAAACUAACCUGUGACCUGAUUUCUGAUUGGCUGAAAAUGGGUCGGGACAGACUGGUGACCCUGAAGUUCAAGGCCUCUCUUGGUUAUGAGUUUUUAUUACUUGGGCUUUACAAGCAUUUCAACGAGAAGGUAGUUCCUGUGUUUUUUUUAGUUUAA